AAAAAAAUAGGCAUUCUUGUUUUAACACAAUCUCGGUGGGAUGGAUUCUUCCAAAAUUGAGUUGUACACGCUGAAGUACUACGCGUAUUGCAUGUUCGGAGGCGUGCUGUCGUGUGGGAUCACCCACACGGCGGUGACGCCGUUGGACUUGCUCAAAUGCCGCAAACAAGUGGGGCACGCGACCUCUUUCAAGAGCGUGGUGACGCAAGAUGGGAUUCGGGGGUUGUACCUGGGUUGGGGGCCUACGUUCAUAGGUUAUUCAUUGCAGGGUGCAUUCAAAUUUGGUUUGUACGAGGUUUUCAAGCACACUUAUUCGGAGGCGGCUGGAAAGGAGAAUUCCAUCAAGUACAAGGAUGCGUUGUGGCUGAUGGCAUCCGCGUCGGCUGAGGUGUUUGCGGAUAUAGCGUUGUGUCCUUGGGAGGCUGUCAAGGUUCGCAUUCAGACGUCUGACCCCAACAAGAUUCCACGCGCCUUUCCCAGGACCUUGCGUGAGGGGAUGCGGAUUGUGGCGAACGAGGGCAUUAACGGCCUGUACAAGGGGCUCACGCCGUUGUGGGGCAGACAGGUUCCCUACACGAUGAUGAAGUUUUGGGCGUUCGAGAGGUCGGUGGACGCGUUGUACAAGUACGUCGUUCCCAAGCCUAGAGGCGACUGCACGAAGGUAGAGCAGUUGGGCGUCACUGCGUUGGCGGGGUACAUUGCGGGGAUCUUCUGCGCGGUGGUGUCGCAUCCUGCCGAUUCUGUCAUAUCGAAGCUCAACCAAUACGAGACGAGUCCGGGACUUAUGUCCAUAGUUAGAGAGCUCGGUCCGGUUGGCAUAUAGGGGUUGGGCAUGAGGUUUUUCAUGAUUGGAACGCUCACGUCGUUCCAGUGGUUCAUAUAUGAUUCUUUCAAAGUGGCGGUCGGAUUUCCGGGAUCGGGGGGCACAUCGGCCAUCGCAUCGGCGUCAAAAUAAAAAUUAAAAAUCGAGCUUUUUUUUUUGUAUCGCAAUGUGGUUCAGAGUUGGUCG